UUUCGUUAAAUCCAUCCUGAAAUUUUCGUAAAUGAAUUUUUUAUGUAUUAAAAUGUAGACGCAGAAAUUAGGUCACAAUUUUUCCUAAAUACCGUGUGUAUGGGGUGUUAGUAAAAAUUAUAUCUGUUCGCUUCAUAAUAUUUACAUUGUGAUGACUUGUAAUAUUUCUGCUGUACAGAUGUCUUCCACUGACCCCGCAAUGGCAAGGUGUGACUACUGUAAUCAGUUGUGCGAUACGUACACAACGAAAAAUGGACCUAAUAGAGGAAGAACGUUCUUCAAAUGCCCAAGGCAUAAUGAAUAUUUUAUGUGGGUAGAUGAAUUUCGCUUAUGUGAUUGUGGCGAGGGACAGUGCAAGGUACGCGUCGCGAAGACAGCAACGAACUUAGGUCGUCGUUUCUGGUGUUGUCCUAAAUCCAAUGGGCCCCUUGAUCGAGGUUGCAAAUUUUUUCGAUGGAUUUAUGGAGACAUCAAUUUGACAAGUACACAGUCUUCCGAUUGUGGAACAAGCAAUUCAAUGGUUGGAGCUCAGCCUUCUCCAUCAGCACCUUCCUCUGAUUUUGUGAAAGGUUAUUUGGAAAGAGCAAUCAAAGGUGAAGAGGAGAAGUCUAGAGUCCUGAAAAACGAAAUGGAUGUGUCUGAGGAAAAGCGAAGGAUAUAUACCGAUAUCCUAGAGGCCAUUAAUAACAUAGACAUAAAUAAAGGUGGUAGUUAGAGGGUAAUGACCAACUAUUGGAAACUUGUAAGACAUAUGGCAUAAACAUGGAAAUAUUUGCAUUUUAAUCUACUAUUAUUGGUUGACAUAUAAUGUUUCGUAACAUUAUGAUGUAAGUUCGAGAUAAGGUGUACUUGGUAGUUGUAGGUAUGAUUAAAAUGAAGGGUCAUGAGUUUCUGAAGAAA